AUGUUUUGUUAUCAUCGAAAAUUCGUGCUAACUCACGAUUUCGGUUUCGCGGCCUUAGGAAUUAUUCUUCUCCCUACAGUCCUCCUUAAUCCCGGAUUUAUUCUCUCUGAUGCUAGGAAAAUGCAUUUGGUUUAUUGGAAUACCUCUAAUCCAUUGUAA